GAGAAUUUUCACGUCAGAACUACCCAUUGCGCUUCCAAUAUGGUCCUACCGGUCCCAAACCCUACCAAAUCGUACUGGAUUGAAGCCGCAGAAUCGCCACUGCGACACCAUCGUUCCACCUCUGAGUUACCAUCAGAGGCUGACGUUGUGAUUGUCGGGAGCGGAUAUUCAGGCGCUACAACUGCGUACUGGAUUCACAAAUCUACCGAAAAUGCAACCAACAAGCCACGCAUGGUCAUGCUCGAAGCACGAGAUAUCUGCAGUUGCGCGACUGGCCGCAAUGGUGGUCAAUUGAGACCACAUGCUUACUCUCGCUACUUGCCAUGGAAGGAGCGCUUCGGAGCACAAGGUGCUAUGGAGCUUAUUCGGCACGAAAUGUCGCAUUUGCCUGCUUUCAAGGCUUUGGCAGAAGUUGAGGGGAUCGCGGAAGAAGUCUGUCUGAAGUUUGGCGAGACUUUCGACGCUGCCAUGACUGAAGAAGCCUGGACCCGGCUCAAAGGCAAUUAUGAAGCCAUGAAGGCAGACCACGGCGAAGAUAACGAGGUUGUCAAGGUUUGCAAACUCCUUGAAGAGGCCACCGAAGCAGAAGACUUUACUCAAAUGAAGGGCACACUUUCCGCGGUCGUUCAUCCAGCCGGACAAAUCUGGCCAUAUAAAUUCGUGCAUGCUUUGCUGCGCAUCGUUCUGGAAGCAGGCAAUUUUAACCUCCAAGCGCACACACCUGCACAAUCCGUUUCAGACCGCGAUGCAGAUGGCUGGAUCACUGUCACAACCGAUAGAGGCACCAUCCGCACUAGAUCUGUAGUGCACUCCACAAAUCGAUGGGCUUCUCAUCUCCUUCCAGAGUUCAGCAAACUCAUUACAGGCGAGAAAUGCGCCAUGGGUUCCAUCAAAGCUCCAGAGGGCUUUGUCAAACACACUGGCUCUCAGCACUGGGACAGUGCCAUCAACAAUUAUUUUCUCCAAUUGCCUCCUCCAUACAAUACUAUCAUUUUUGGUGGCGGAAGACAAUUCCUCAUUCACAAGCCUGAAGAGUGUUUCCUGAACGACGAAGAAGAUAAACAAGUCGACGGAUUCGACGACUUUGUAAAGACAUGGCCUGCAUCAGAUGUAAAGGAUUGGCCUGGGUCGGACCCUGCAGAGCUCGGCAAGGAUGCUGGUGAGGGUGGCGUAUGGACCGGCAUCGAGUCGGGAAGCGCUGAUUCAUUCCCCUUUGUGGGUCCAGUGCCAGGUCGCCAAGGACAAUUCAUGGCUGCUGGGUUUGUUGGCCACGGCAUGCCUCGCAUUCUUGGUUCGACCGCGCAUAUCACACCACUUCUUCUGGAAUAUCUUGAAACGGAACACAAGAUGCCAUCGAUGGCAGAUGUCUUCCCUCCUCUACCAACGCCCUUCCAUGCUACACCGGAGCGUGUUGAGCGUCUUGUGCGGACAGCAGAUGUGGAAGCAAAGCUGAAAGCUUACAGGGAAAAAUGUGCAGAGAGUGCUGCCAAAGAUUUCUGUCAUAUCGAGAGGACGAAAAUGGCCACCUACAGCGAGAAUGCGUUGGAGCGACAGGACUCUCCUAUCGGUAGUAUCUAAUUGCAGAGUCGACUGGGAGUAGCAAGAGCACCCGAAUUCUCGAAAGUCUUCACUGUUGAAAUGCGAAAUACUAAUGCAUUCGGGAACCUAACUUCUACGA